UUUUUUUCAUUUACACUCCCCCCCCCCUCUAGCAGACAUAAAACUAUCCGCUGUUGCUCUUAUGGUCGAUGUGGGGGCAUUUUCUCAACCUGAGAAUUGCCAGGGAUUGGCUCACUUUUUGGAGCAUAUGAUAUUUAUGGGUUCGAAAAAAUAUCCCAAAGAAAAUUCCUUUGAUACACACAUAAACAAAUAUGGUGGUUCCAAUAAUGCCUGUACCGAUGCGGAGAACACUUUGUUUUAUUUUGAAGUGGAUGAAAAACAUUUAGACAGCAGCAUGGAUUGUUUUGCGGCACAAUUGAAAGAACCUUUGCUUAAAGAAGAUUCCAUGACUAGAGAGCGACAGGCCGUGGAAUCUGAGUUUCAAUUGGUUUUAAAUAAUAGUAUGAUCAGAUGUAAACAAUUCAUACAAAGUUUGGCAAAUGAAAAUUAUCCACAUAAAAAUUUUAUUUGGGGCAAUAUGAAAUCCCUCAAAGAGGAAAGUGAUGCAGAGUUACAUAGAAAUCUUCAUGAAUUUUAUAAAAGACAUUAUAGCAGUCAUCGUAUGUAUGCCUGCAUACAAUCCUGUUUACCUCUAGAGAAAUUGGAAGAAUUGGCUGUUAAACAUUUUGCUGAUAUAAACAACAAUGAAUUGCCUGGUUUGGAUUUUGAACAAUAUAAUUAUAAAACAGCCUUUAGGCCGGAAUUCUUCAAAGAAGUAUUCUUUGUUAAGCCAGUGCAAAAUAUGUGUCAAUUGAAUUUGACUUGGGUUUUGCCACCCACUUUAAAAAUGUAUAAAUGCAAACCCGAGGAAUUUCUUUCACAUUUUCUCGGUUAUGAGGGCGAGGGCAGUUUGUGUGCUUAUCUAAGGAAAAGACUUUGGGCUUUAGAGGUGAAUGCUGGUCCUGAAACUAAUUCCAUAUUUACUUUAUUUUAUUUGAACAUUACAUUAACCGAGUUGGGCCUUAAAAAUUUGGAUGAGGUGCUGCUAGCUACUUUUAGCUACAUAAAAAUGUUUUAUAAGGCCAGCCACUUGAAAGAAUAUUACGAAGAACUUUCUUUUAUUAACAACAGCAAAUUUCACUAUUCUACGGAAUCAACUCCCGGUGAAAAUGUUACUUAUUUGAUAAAAUGUUGUAAAUAUUAUCCUUCAAAAGAUAUUUUAACUGGCUCCGAACUAUACUAUCAAUUUAAUGAAGAACAAGUGCAACUUAUAAUUGAUCACUUAAAUGAAUUCAAAUUUAAUAUAACAUUGAUGUCAUAUCAAAACUAUGAGAAUGUGGUGUAUGAUAAAAAAGAAAAAUGGUUUGGUACUGAGUACACCUCUAAGAAAAUACCCCAAAAAUGGUUUAAUAUGUGGCAGAGUAAUGGGCAAAUUUCAGAACUUCAUUUACCUAAAGCUAAUUUAUUUGUGGCCCAAGAUUUUCGUAUUUUCUGGCUUGAAAAUGGUAAACAGCAAUUGUACGACAUACCCGAGAAGCUAAUCCAAACAGAAUUAUGUGAAUUGUGGUUUAGACAAGAUGAUAAAUUUCUUUUACCUUAUGCCCAUAUGAACUUUCAUAUGAUGUCGUCGAUGCUAAGGCAAAGCGCUAGAAACACUAUUAUUGGGUCAUUGUAUCUGGACUUGGUGCAGUUUUAUUUGCAGGAAAAAUUGUAUCCAGCCAAAGUAGCUGGAAUAAGAUAUGAGAUGUUUUGUGGUGAAAAAGGUGUAAUUUUAGUGGUGAAUGGCUUUAAUGAAAAACUUCAUUUGGUGGUGGAAAUAAUAAUAAAAGCUUUGAUCUCCACUAAAGAUAUCUUAGAUGAAAAACAAUUGGAAAUAUUUAAAAAACAACUACAGAAAGAUUUUUAUAAUAGUCUUAUCCGACCUGAAGUAGUUAAUACCAACCUGCAUUCUUUUGUGUUAAAAGAAAACUAUUGGCUGUUGAAUGAAAAGUAUAAAUUUAUUAAUGAUAUAAGUUUAGAAGAUAUACAAACAUUUGGUAAAGAAUUCACUCAAGAAAUGUAUGUACAAGCCUUGAUACAAGGAAAUUUAGAGCAGAAAUCAGCUUUAAAGAUAAUGGACACAGUGAUGGAGCAAUUAAAUUGUGGUGAGAUAAAAGAGAGAUCUUUAAUGGAUGAUAGAGGUAUAGAAAUACCCUUGGGUUCUCACAAAAUUUUGUGUCGUAAUUUAAAUCCCAAAGAUUGCAAUACAAUAGUAGCAAAUUACUAUCAAAUAGGACCACGUUCUUUGCGCAAUGAAUGUAUUUUAGAUUUACUUAUGAUGAUACUAGAAGCUCCUCUUUAUAAUGUCUUACGUACCCAGCAACAAUUGGGCUAUUCAGUCAGUUGUUUCACACACAUCCAUCAUGGCAUUAUGGGUUUCUAUAUAUAUGUUUCAUCUCAAGAAACAAAACAUCCAUGUUCAUAUGUUGAAGAACGCAUUGAAGCUUCUCGUCGGGAUAUACAAGAUCUUCUGGAGAAAUUUUCUUUAGAAGAUUUUGAAAAUUUUAAAAAUUCCUUCAUAAAACUAAAAGAAAUUAAAGAUGUAACUUUAUAUGAAGAGGUAGAGCGUAAUUGGGAAGAAAUUAUCACCGAAGAUUAUUACUUUCAACGAAAAUCUAAAUCCAUAGAAAUAUUGCGCACUUUGGAAAAGCAUGAUAUUGUAGAUUAUUGGCUUACCAAUGAGAAGAAAAACAUGCGUAAGCUAUCAGUACAAGUGAUAGGUGUUAAUAAAACACCUGAAGAAUGUGAAGUAAUAGUAGAAGAAGAAGAUGUUAAAAAAGAAAUAAAUUUGGAAUUUCUAGAAUCCGAUACAGAUGGACCAUCAAUUGUUAAUGUCGCAGAAUUCAAAGAUCAAUUAAAUGUUUAUCCUGUAGUUAAAACAAAGGUAAUUUAAAAAGUACAUAUAAUUAAAACAUUUUAAUGGUAUACAACAAAAGGAUUUUAAUAAUAAAAAACAACAAAAACGUUUAAAUUGUUCUACCAAUUUCACAAUAUUUAUAAAAAAAAUAAUCAACGUUUUACAGGAAUUAGUUUUUUUAUCUUUCUUCCUUAACUUUACCUUUUUUAUACUUUCAAGUUUAAAAAGCAUUUAAUUACACCAUUACAUCGAUUUUUUAUCAUUCUUAUCAUAAACUACUACUUACACUCCAAAAAUAUAAUUAAAAAUCGACAUACAAAUUAAUAGUUGUUAAACAUAAAGAUAAAAAUGUUUUUUUUUUUGUUUAUUUUUUUUUUAAAGAAAUACCGGUGGCUUGUUAAAUAAUAUGUUCAAAUAUAUUUGCUAAAGAUAACGAACAUUUUUAAAAUUUAUUUAUUUAAUACAACAAAUAAAUAACGAAAAAAAUUAAUAAUUAA